AUGUCUCUCGAGCUUCAGUUCAAACACCCGAGCCUUGCGUGUUGGCUUCCCGUAAACCAUCCUAGGCUUCCGCCUGGACUGCGCUGCCCUGUCGCAUCUUCCAGGGGCAUUCGCGACAGAGGCCCUACGCAGGAUCUUUUUGACGCGUUUCGCUUCGGGGCCACUCAACUCGUUGGGGAGCUCGGCGUCGCGGGAAGCAAGGCGUCACCACCAGAGCCGGCCGACGGCCAUUCCAGUCACGAUCUUCAACGAGGCGGCGCAGAGAGCGACCGAGACAGGAAGAGCCCGACUCCGUCGCAGAGUGCGAAGGGCCGCUGUUCCUGCUCGCUCUUGCCUCUGCAGGAAACGGUCCGCGAGCCGUUCAUCGAUCUUCUGCGUCUUGCGCCGAACGAACAAAUCGUGUUUGGUCGGAAACCCGGUCUCGACGCUUCCUCGUCUCUCCCGGCGCGGCCCUGCGCGGCCCCUCUAUCAAGUUCUCAGGCUGCCUCGGCGGGCUGUCCUGCGUCAAGGUCCUUCACCUCGGCGUCAUGUUUGUCUGCUUUCCGCUUCGGCUGCGCGCCUCAAGUCCGCUCACCGGACUCGGGAGAGCGGGGCGAAGGCGCGACCUGGUGCAGGGACGAGAGGCCAUCUUCUGGUCUGCGGGCGGCACAGGCGCCCGUCUCUUCGGCCGAGGGGCCCGGCUCCUCUGCCGCGUGGGCGGGUCGCCUGUCGGACAGCUCGCGCGGGUCUUCUGUGCCCUCGGCAUCGAAGCGCUGCUCGUUCUCUCCGCCGCGUGCGUCGUCGCGACCCUCCACCGGGUCGUCAGACUUCGACUUGCCUCCGACACAGCUCCUCGCGCUGUUUGACGACCGGAAGUCCAUUACUCAGCGCUCGCAGCGCCGGUCGAGGCCUUCGGCGACUUGUUCCUCGCGCGAGAGGAGCUGCAGUGAAGAACCGCGGCCCUGCCUGAAGUCGCCCUCGGCAGGCUCGUUUCCUUCCUUUUCCUCUCUGGAGUCCCGAAGCGGAGAGGACCCAACGCCUCGAGAGGCCGAGCGACGCGAGCAGCCGCCCCUCCUGCGCGCCGCGUCCGACAGCGUACAUACAGUCUAUCUUCCCAGCCUCGAUCCUCUGCUGUCUCGCCGGCACUUUUGCAUCACUCGGCUUGAGUCCGGGCCGUCAAUUUCGCAGCGCCUCUCCGGAGACGCGGCGCAGACGCCGUGCUUCGUUCUAACGAGCAAAGCGGGUUCGCGAAAGGCCAGAGGGGCGAGCCAGAACGGGCCGCGUGGAGCCCGAGAGCACCCCGGCGCCGAUCUGACGAAGGCCUUUGACAACGGGCUCCAGGGCCUCAUUCUUGUCAACUCAUCGUCUUCGCGCUCUGCGCCGCUUGACCUCCGGCCCCGAGUGAAUCUCCUUGCGCCAGCCGUCCGGGCUGCUGUGAAGGCCGCCAUCGCUGCGGCUGGCGAGUCCGAAGAGAGCCCGUCGUCGCUAUCGCUCUCGCCUCAGGAGGCCUCUGUCGGGUCUCCGACACACUUAGAGUCUACCACAGAGGUUAGUACGGGCGGACCGCGCCGGACUACACCAGAGUUUACGUACACUCACUUUGUGUAUCAGCCACACAUUCUGCAGGACGGCGACCAGAUUUACAUCCCCGUCGACGACUCCUUUGUCAAGAGAGUGGGCAAGGGCGACAGCAUGGACGCGUUUUUGCGGAAGGAAAACUGCUGCCCUCCCUCGAAUUCUGCGGCGAAACCGGCGAGCGGCAGGCAGACAGCUUCGGAGGACAUCUUCCCGGCGGCGGCCUCCAGAGGGGCGCAGAGCCUGAAAACGAGCAGCUGUCGAUCAUGCGGGCAGGAAACGCCUUUGUUUUGCUUUCGGUACGUGUUUCGCGCGCCCGCGUCUCCGCCUCCUGCGUCAUCACGUGUUUUGCCGACCUGUCCUGCUGCCGCUUUGUCCGCUCCCGACUCCUCGUCUUCCUUGUCUUCACCUGGCGCGUCAUCCCCUCCUUCACUGCCGGGCGCGACUCUGGCGCCCUCUCGUCCGCAGCUUCGACCCUGCGUCUCCGAUCCGCCCCCGGCUUGCUCCUCUCAAGCUGCCUCCCCGUCCUCCGCCUUUCCCGGUCUGUCCCUCUCGUGUCCUUCUUCGCUCGUCAAGCGCGUCCGCUUUUCGUUCGGCUCUCCUAAGGCCCCGGCGGCGGCGUGGCGCCCCCUGCUCAGGGCCCAGGAUGGGGGGGAGACUCUGCAGGGCUUCUGGGGCGGGGACGCGGUCGCGUCUGCGCCGCCAGAGCCGCACUGGCUCGGCCUCGCAGAGAAAGGAGGUGGUGCAGAAUGUUGCAAGAAGGAAGGAGACGCCAAACAGCGCCCGAGGGGGGGAAAAGAGGAGCGACCGCUCUCCACGGCGGGUCAGGGCGCUUGCGCGUCAGGCGCUUCGCUGCGCUCGUUUCUGUUCUCCAUGAGAGAGACGUGGCAGGAGGAGACGGUGUCUUCAGAUAGAGAUAUCGUUGCGGGCGCAGACGAGCCGCUGUGGCGGCCGAAACAGCGAGGAGAGGAGGGCGAGCUUGACGCGACACGCUGGGGGAAGUCGGCGACGAGCUCGGGCGAGGAGGAGCCUGAAAGAGCGAACGUCAGGUUCCCCGGCGCCUGUAGAAAGCGGCGGAGGCGCGUCAUCGACGACGAAGGGCCAGAGGAGGACGGGGGUCCCCUGCCGAAGCAAGAGGGGAAAGGGAUCGUAGGCAUUGAAGACUCCUACCAGUUCUCCGCCGCCGCCACGCGCCGCGAGGCAGACGAAGAACGGGAUGCGUGUGUGAUGCUAGAGGCGAUGCAUGCGCCGCAGCGCGCGCAGAAGGCCACGUUUCGCGCUCAUCCGUCGUCUCCGCUGGCGCACGUUGUCGCGAGCGCUCGAGGGAGCGAGAGAGACGUGGAAGACUACCUGAGGUUUCUGCCUGAGGCCUGCAGCGCGUCGCCGAGUCGCCAGGGCGAGCAAGAAAACCAGCCCCUCCUGAAGGGAGCCACAUACGAUGGAGAACGAGAGAACUGCCUCCCCCAAGUUGUGUACAGCACCGGGACUGUGCUGGCGGCGCAUGGCGCGGAGGUGGGGGGGGCGGCUCAGGGGGACGACGACCUGGAAGAGCUGAAAGAGCUGCUGUUCGACUCUGGAGACGAAGGCGCAGGCCCAGAGGAAGGGCGUGGAGGAAUUCGUGACGCCACGAGAUGCAACAACGAGAUCGACGAAAUCACACUGCUAUCUGGCGAGGACGGAGAGGCGUCCUCAUCCGGCAGCGAGAGACGCUGCGGAUUAUCUACGCGCUUCAGGGGGGGAGGCGCAUGCGACGUGAGCGAUGCUGCACAGGAGAGCAGCGAGGCGGACGACUUCGAGCCUCGCGCGCGGCAGUCGGCGCCCUCUCGUCUGCGCGGAUGCCUGGAGAGGCGCGCGAGCCUCAGCCACGCAGCGGAAGAAGACGAAGGGGGGGAGAUGGGAUUUUUCGGCUCUGGAAGGAUACUGCGCCGCCGCAGCACUUCCGCCAGAGGCCCAGACCUCGGAGUCGAGCCAGUCGAGAGCGGCUGCCAAUAUGGAAGCGCGCAAGCGGAGGCGCGGCCGCAACGCGAAGAGCUCAGUCGCGUCGGGAGCGAAGAGGUGCGCGGAGCCCGCGACAGCGGCGGCGGCGGCUGCGUGGGAGACGAGGACGCUGUAGACCGUGGAGCGGCGCGGCCGGCUGACAACGCGCAGCGGGAGACGCGAAGGACCAGCCGAAAUUCUGAAGAAGACGUGCAUGCUGCACGGGCAGGGGGACGCAGGUCUACGGCGAUGAACCUGGCUGACGAGAUCGACGACAUUCUCAACACGGAUUUCACCACAGUUGAAGAGACAGACCUCGGGGGCAGGGAGGACUGGACCCCGCCUGCGCUUCCUCUGGCCGCUCGCCAUCCGACCCGAGGCGCCGGCGCCCGGUCUCCGUUUCCAAGUCGCGCGGCGCACGCGACGCCUGAAGCAUCUCCCAUCUCUUCACGGCUGUCUCCCUCGUCGUCGCGUCUCUCUCUCCGCCUGGGAUCGCCCUCGCCUGCGGCCGUCGCCUCCGCGGCUGCAGUAGCGCCGCUGUGCAGCUCGCCGAGCGUGGCGGCCGCGGCGUCUCUCUUUUCCGCGCCGUCCUCGUCGCCGCCUGCGCUUGGCUCGGCGGCUGCGGCCGCCCCGCCCAAGGCCGGAGAGGCGGAGGGCCUUUUCUGCGCUGCAGGCGACAUCUGCGCCAUCUGCACCGAGGAGCUUUUCCAGCGAGACGAAAUCGGCACGCUGCCCUCGUGCCCCCACCAGUUCUGCUUCACGUGCAUCUCCCGCUGGGGCGGCAUCCGCAAUCACUGCCCUCUCUGCAAGCAGGAGUUCACUCGAAUUCUGCGGCACCAUUUUGCGGUUCCUCCGCGUCGUCGGUCCUCGUCAAGUCAUCGACCUUCCGCGUCCUCGUGCGGGUCGUCUCCCUCCUCGCAGCGCGCGGUCGCCGCGUCUUCCGGCCUCGUCGUCGCGCCUUCCUCUGCGCGUCGCUCGGUAUCCUCGCCCUUGCCGUCGACUGCGUCUCCGCACCGCGUGCGUCUAGUCUUAGACGGCGUCGUGCGAGUGGUUCGCCGCGUGUCCGCGGGGCACGGGCAGGCGGAGGUGGAGGCGAACGACGCGGUGGUGGCGCUGCUGGUCACCGAGGAGGAGGGGACUCUGGAGGGUGCCUCUUCGCGGAUUGAAGUGUUUCCGGCCCCCGGGGGAUGCCAAGUAUGCGGCCGAGACACCGACUGGGAUAACUUGCUGCUGUGCGACGGCUGCGAGGACGGAUACCACCUCUACUGCCUCACGCCCCGGUUCCUCGCCGUCCCCGAGGGCGCCUGGUACUGCCUCAGGUGCCGCGAAGUCUCCUCGACCGCGGAGGCGACCACGCGCGAGACGAUUGCCCGCGAGCGCACGCGCCUCUUGUCCGCGGCGUCGAUGUCCUACUUCCUCAACGACGACGACGCCGAUGUCGACCUGCCGCAAGACGAGCCUGCGGGAGGGGGCGAAGAAAGGCGAAGAAGUGAGAGGACAAGACGCCCCGCCUCCCCGUCCGUGGCGGCCUUCUCGUCGCCCUCGAACUUCGCCUCGUCCUCCUCAGCGGGAGCCCUCCGCCCGCGCCUUCGCGGGCUCUCUCUUCCGGCCUCCGCUGCCGUCGCUCGCGAGGCGACGGCUGAAGGAGACGAAGAGGGCUCGCGGAGGGUAUUCGCGCUUUUCAGAGGCCGCCAGAGGCGCCGAGGCGCGAGUAGGCGUCUGCGCCCCUCGAGGAGCCCGACGGGACUGUCUGCGUCCCCCAGCCCCGCCACGGACGAGCGGCGGGGAGCCGCAGCUGCACCGUCUGCGCGCGUGGCCCCAUACAACGCGUUUGCUUUCGCAAGGUUUCGAACCCCCACCGAGACGCUGGCGAGCCACGAGCGACGCCGGCGCCUCCCGUCUCCUUUUCGGAAUUCAGUCAACCGUCUCCCUACGGUCAACGAGCGCUGCACCUCAUGUGGAUCCGAGGCUUCCCGCGGGGCCUCGCCCCAGCAAGCACCGGAGACCUCGCGCCUCGCAGUCAGGGCGAUCAUCAGAGGAAGCGACGCGGAAGGUGCCGCUCAAGAGGACGGCCGACUGGGGGUCCUGCGGCGGAGGGCCGAAGAGCGACAGCGCCGCUGGCGGGAAGUCGUCCCGUCGUCAGACGAAGAUUCAGAGAGCGGCGGGUGGCGACGGUGCCCUGCGCCGCUGGCGCAGCCGUCAAGGCCCGUGCCGGCCAGUCGGCAGGCGUCGCUGGAGCCCAGCGCGGUCGGGGGCGGGGCAGUCUCGGAGGCGUCGGCGCGCCAGUGGCUCGAGGGCCGGUCGCGGAGUCGCCGUGGCGUGACCCGCCGCAGGGCGCGCGAGGCGGACUUCGACGACGACGAGGAAGACGAAAGCGACGACCUGGACGGGUUUGUAGUGAAAGACGACGAGGUUGACUACAGCAGCGCAGAUAGCUCGUCAGAGGAGGAGGCGAGCUGCGGAGAGAGCUCGAGCUGCAGCGACAGCGACCGCGAUGAGGAGCUGCUGCGGCGCCGGCGCCGUCGCUCGCGGCGGAGACUGAGCAGGGCGCCGAGGCGCAGCCGAAAGCAGUCUCCCUGCGCCCAGGCCGCUCGGUCUUCGUCAGCCUACGGCCCCGAACGUGUGGGGGAUGCCGCCAGGCACCCCACCCCCGAGGGUGCGAACCGACCGGCAGCGCGGGAGGCGGAGGCGAGGCGAAGCGAAGGCAACCGGAGGACGAAAAGGCCACAGGGCAGGCCGGCGCCCGCGGUUCGUCCGGAUCAGAGAGGCACGGGGGAGGCAGGGCCCGGCCGGGGGGAUGCCCGGAGGACGCCGACAGCCGAGCAGAGGACCCUGUCGCACUACUUUUCCUCGGGGGGGGGGGCGACGGCGGGCGGGCUGGGAGGCGGGCGAGGCGCCGCGUCGGGGGCACCAAAACCUUUGAAGAGCCGAGCAGAGGCCGCUGAAAAGGAGGGGGGCCUGGGAACCGAAGAGGCACAAGCAAACAGGCGUCGCUGCUCAGUCCAGCGAAGGCCGCCACGACUACGGUAG